GCUCCUUGCCCUAAAAAUCCCCACCCUAUUUCCUCUCCCAUCUCUCUCUCUCACUAUCUCUCUCUCCGCCGCCCCCUUGUAAAAAUCUCUCUCUAGGGUUUCCUCCUCCGCGAUCUCCUCGAUGGUGCGGAGAUUAAUGGUGUCCGAUCGAUCGAUUUCGAAGGGACGAUCGUGUUGGGUGGGGUUCGCUCGGUCGCGCGAAGGUAAUCGCUCCAGAUCGGGAGAGAUCGUAGCGCCGUUCUAGGGUUUCCUAGGGUUUGGGGAGCGGUGUUGUAGGUGGUGGAUGGAUGCGGUGGAGUUGCCGCUUCCGACGAAUCUCGUCGUCUCCAAGAUACUUCCCGGAGACGGGUUCGUUCGGGAGGGGAAGGCCGAGGAGAGGGGCACCGAUGGCGUAGAUGCGCCGGGUUUUGGACGGCAUAAGGAGUCCGGCUGCGGUCGGUCUUACGGCGGUAAUGGUAAGAAUGAUUAUCUUCGGGAAGUGGAUACAGUCGUCCUAUCGCUUCCCAAGCAUGAUGGUAAUGUGCCGAACAAGAAAUCUGUGAAAAGGCUGAGCAGCUUCACAUGUUCUAAGAGACCAAGAAUAGAUCAUCAGGCAGGAAAUUCUCUUAAUGCUGGAACACAUGAUGAUGAGACUACCUCUAAGGAACCUGGACCUGAUUGGAUUCAUCGCAUGUCUUCUGAGAAAUCGCGGUUGCUGAAACAGAAGCGUGGUCUUGAUGGCAAGAGAGCUGAUAAAAGGAAUUUUAGAACUAGUGUCAGAGCUAAAUAUGAUUGUUUUGCAUCGAAGAGUGGUUUGGCUAAUUGCGAUUCCCCUUUUGGAGGAAAUGGUGUUCUUGGAAUGUGUAAUUUCAAGGCAGACCUCAAUGACAUUACAAAAAAUAUGGAGGACCUUUCAUUGGGUAAACUUCUUGAUGGCAGUUAUAGAUAUUCUCGUAUGUGUCUCGAUAAAGGAAAACGAGCGGUGAAUAUCAAUGAGAAUAUUUUGGUAUCUGUUAGGAAGGUUUGGUCUAUCCUCUCUCUUCCUGGUGAAGUAGAUAGCCCUUGCAACAGUAAAGACGUGGCAUGCCUUUUUAGCCCUAAUGCAUCCUUGGGUAACAUGCCGGACUGGGAUAACAGGGAGAAAGAUAGUAAUGAAAAAAUAUCCUCCAGAAAGGAUUCUCCACAAGUGAACUUCAGUAACUCUGAUCUUUAUCAGCCUGCACAUGUUCUAGAUCGUUUAGCACUUCCACCACACCAGAAUUUGGAUUCUCUUCUAUCAAGCUUAAGCUCGAACUCAUCUCCAUUUCAAUCAACCACGAAUAAUACAACUUCUAAUGGUGCUAGCUUGCCACCAUUUCCUUGGUCAUACUGUCAUGGUGGAGCCCACAAACCUAGUCUUGAUGCUGGUAAAUUGGCACUGACAAGGAGUUGCUCACAGGGGAGAUGGAUUAGAAUAGGAAGCAAUUCCUUAUCAAUCAGGGAGGAUCAAAGUAGUUUCUCAGAGUUGGAUUUUAAAAAACUAGAACAGGGCGAAGAUUCUUCAGCUCGUCAAAAAAUAGCAUUUCCAGAAGCAUUUCUUUCAGAUAGUAAUAAUUUAAUGGAUGGAGACUGUUCAAAUAGCCAAUUGAAAUCUUGCGAUAAUGUGAAUUCUUUCCUCGGAUCAUUGAAGUUGGAAGUAAGUUUGAAUGUUCAGGAGGAUGAUCCAUCGGAUCUUGUAAAACGUACUAUGCAAAAUAACUACUUUGGAGCUGUCAAGAAAGAGCAGCUAGCAGAAAGCAAACAUGAUUGCUCUUGUAAUAGUUCUUGUCCUUCUGAAAGUGUUGUUGGUGUCUCUCAGCAGAGUAUGUGGCCUUUACCUGCCGCAAAGAUUUUACCAGGAAAUUCCCCAAGAGCCCUACAUGCUGCCGACAUACUAUGGGAGAUGGCUAACUGCUCCAACAGCACAAAAUCUCAAAAGCAUGACGGUGGGGGAAUAAAAUGGCCCAAAACACCUUCAGAGAAGACCAUGAAGGCUCGUAAACCGUUGUCUUCAUUUGAUAAAUCAGAGACUUCAUCCCUUGCAUCGCCAUCCCACGAUUCUAUUAGAAGCACAUUCCUCCUGUCCCCGAAGCAUAAGCUAAGCAAUCGGAAAAAUGACUUUGGUCCAACGAAUAAUUCUGGUAGAGGCCCCGUUAGGUGGUCGUCAUCGCCCAUCGAAGGAAAUUCAUCCCCUCUCAAGUUGGAAAAGGAUCAAACGCUUAAUAUGCGACAGCUAUGCAGUGAUUCUGUUAGGCCUUCGAAUUUGAUGUUAUUACAUGAACGCAUGGAAAGGAGUUAUGAGAAUCAGCAGAAGCUGAGGAAAGCGAAGCUAACGGCGCCUUCAUUUGGGUUUGGGACAAAUUAUGGCGGCGAGUGGAGCAGGGCAAAGAACAGAAGAGUUUGAUGGCAAGCCUGCAAUUUAGACGUCAAAGCAGCUGGAUGAAUUGGUCUGAAGUAUGUACAUUGGUUGAGGUUAAACCUAGGUCAAGAUUUGUAUUCAUCAGGUGAGAGGAUAUGCAGUAGCCUGACAAUUGGUUUGAUGAGAGGGAGGGGUAUUCUCAAUGGAUGGAAUUAGUGGGUUGAUUUGGUGGGCUUUGUGUAUUAUUACUUGCAAAAGCUGUUGUUUUGUAAUUUGUGUAUCUGCGCUUUUAAUUCCCUUGCACAGCUCUCUUUCUCUCA